AUGUUUCAAUAUAGCAGCGCCUCGUUGGUCGCCUUGCUUUUGACUUCGCUAUGCACAAACCCUGCUGAAGCGCGCGUCAACACGACCAUGUCUCCUAUUUACAUUGACAACGACGAGUAUUUUAUGAACGGAAGCAACAUUGGUUCAGUAGCUUUUUCGGAUAUCCAAGCGGCUUUCAAGAGUCCCAAUCUGACCGACGAAGUGACUUUCAGCGGCUAUGACUGGACGAAGCCCUUCCCAGGCUCAGCUAUCUCCGGCUUCAAAACGCACUUGCGAGUCGCAUACGACGUGCCAAUUUCUGGGGAUGUGGUUGAAGAUGCCACCACAGCCUUGACAUCAUUGACAUACAGCAUCCCCGAAUCCAUGAUGCAGAGUGAUGGCACCCUUCCUAAGCCCGUAGACCCUUCGUGGUACAUCUGCCGGCACAUCUUUGUUGGCACGAAGCCAAAAAUAUCCGAUAAAAUCGACAGCGCCUGUGAUUUCCUGGGCUCAGAGUGCAUUACUGAUUUGAAAUCGAGCUUAACCAAGGACUGGAUGAAUGUUACCCCUGAAGUCCCUUGCUCUGGCUUGGGAUUUGACCCUAUCCCUUCGUCUUGCAGGAAGAUUUUUGGAUUCGCUCGAAUGGAUGUUCUCGGUCAGUACACUCUUCCUACCACAUCUGAAGAGUCUUGUAGCUAA